AAGGAGGACGACGUGGUGAAGACCGCCACGAUGAAGUCGACGAAGAGCAAGGCCCCCCCGAAGACGGCUGCCAGCUCGGAGCCGGCGGAGCCUUGGGACCCCGACGCCCCCACGGUCAUCACGGUGCGCGUCCGAGUCCCGCAGUUGGUGGGCCCGCCGCAGGACAGGGGAAGCUGGGUGAAGGUCACGGCGGGCGUGAGGGGCGUCUUCGCCUUGCCCGAGCCCUUGGUGGCCCUGAACGGGGGCGACGUUGAGGCCCACCCGCUGAGGUACCAGGGCGUGCUGAUGGGCCAGGCUCUCGGCGAGGGGUCGCUGACCAAGCCCGCGGGCGGCGCGGACGCGGCGGUGGCGGGCGGCCCCGACGCGGCGGGCGCGGAGCUGCCCGAGGCCGAGUGGCGGGCUCUGCAGGAGCUCACCGCCCCGUCCGUGCGUUUCAAGGGCGGGGACGCCAUGGUGUGGUACCGGGGCGCGGGCUUCAUCCGAGACUUUCAGCACAUGCUCAACAGCGUCGGGGGCGUGUGGUUCCACCUGGCGCUGGAAGAGAAGGCCCCCCCGGACCCGAAGAAGGCGGCCCAGGCCGCGCCCGCCAUCGCUGAGCUCGCCAGGCGCUACGGCGGCAAGGCCUGGCUUGACCUCACCGGCCUGAUCCGCCCGGGCGUCCACUCUGUGGUGGCGUGUUGCCCGCUGCAGGACACGGCCAAGGAGCAGCUCGACGGCGUCGCGACUCUGAGCGCCUCGCGCACCUUCGUGUCGAUGUCGCUGCAGCUCGACCGCGAGCUCACGCCCCCGACGCCCGCCGCCGCCCACACGCCGCUGCAUGAGCUGCUGCCCGAGCGCCCCGCCCUGAACAGGUUCCCCUCCUCCGACGACGCCGCCGCCGCCUACCGCGGCGCCGUGAAGAGGGCGUUCGGGGUCGUCUGCCGGGAGCUGCCCGGGGGAGUGCAGGGCGGGCCUCCCGGCGCCGCCGACGCCCUGCGGGACUCCGGCGUCUACAAGGGCUGCAAGGAGGACAUCCGGCGGGCGGUUGUCGGCGUGUUGCGGGAGCGGAUCCGCAAGGACACGACGGUGAUCCCGGGCAAGCCCCUUGGAAGGAGCCAGAAGGAUGAGGUCUUGUCCGGCGCCUACACCUACCUCACCGCCACGAUCGCCGAGGUGCUGGACGAGAUGCGGGCCGAGCUGCCGCCGAGGCCUGAGCCAGACGCCAAGGGUGCGGGCGCCGCCGCGAGGUCACCCGCACAGGAGGCGGUGCCCAAGGCCGCCGGGCCCGAUGGUUUCUCGCAGCCGGGGCGCGGGGGGCUGCUGGCCGCGCCCGGGGGCAGUGGCGCGCAGUGGCAGUCCUCCCCAGCGCAGUCCGCGCGCUCUGGGCAGGCGGGGAGGUGGACCCUGAUGAUGAACGGGACCCCCACUUCGCGGUCGGAGGAGCAGCCACCCCCACCCGCGGCCGAGGAGAGGCCACCGCAGGACCCAAGGGCUGCCGCGCUGGAGGAGGCCGAGGAGGUGGUCCGCGCCAAAGCGGCGCUGGCGGCCGCCUGCGACGCGGGGGAGCGCUGCAAGAGGUUGGCCUACGAGGCCGAGAUCCUGGGCCUGUGGGACCGCGCCGCAGAGCACUGGCAGAGCAGGCUGCUCAUCCCCGAGUUCAGGAGCGACCCCGCGGAGUGGCUCGCCUACGCCAAGUUCUGCUCCCGCUCGCGCGGGCGGCAGGCCGCCGCGGAGGAGGCGCUGGGCCAUGCGCGCCAGCUGCUGGACAGCGGCGAGGGCCUCAGCUCCGUAGAGGUGGAGCUCAUGCUGGGCAGCCUGCUGCUGGACCGCGGCCGCCACGGCGAGGCGAUACAGAUCUUCCGCUCCUGGCACGCCAAGGACCUGGCCGAGCCCACGUACCUCUUCCUCCUGGGCCUCGCGCUGUUCCUCGCGGGGGAGGGCGAGGAGGCCGGGCCGCUGCUGCAAGCGGCCGGCCUGCCCCGCGACUGGUUCGACGGGCUGGAGGAUGACGCCGCCCUCGCGGCGCGGCUCCGCGCCCGGCACCUGGCGGCUGGCGAGCUCGACCCAGCGCCCUACGCGGACUGCUUGGGGCAGCUGCUGGAUUUCGGGCUGCCCAGCCUGGCCUUCACCUUCCUGGACCAGUGCGGCACGCUCCCCGAGGCGUCGCUGCAGUUGGAGCCCUUCGCGCUCCUGGACGCGAGGGCCACGGCGAUGGACAGGGACCACGCGGGGGCCCUGGAGCGCCUGAAGCCCCUGCUCGACAGCGGCCAGGCGUCGCAGGACGCGUGGAGGCUCGGGGGCGAGUGCUACGUCCACCUCAAGGAGGUCGACAAGGCCCUGCCGCUGCUGCAGAAGGCGGUGUCGUUCGAGAAGCAGUUCGAGGACGCCGCGUUCCACAUCACCCUCGGCGGCGUGCUCCUGGCGAAGAAGCGGUGGAAGCAGGCGCGCGAGUCGUUCGUGCGCUCCCUGCAGUGCCGGGCCACCGCGGAGGCGUGGCUCGGCGUGGCCUACGCGGAGCACUACGGUGGGGACCUGCAGCUGGCUCACGAGGCGCUGUGCGAGGCCAACCUCCUGGACGACCAGCGCCCGAAGGUCUGGGCGCAGCUCUGCCUGCUGCACCUGCGGCUUGAGAGCUGGGACUCGGCCGACGACAGCUGCAGGCGCUGCUUGCAGCUCCGCCCAGACUCCGACUGCGAGGUCGCUCUGCAGGAGGUCGCCACGGAGUACGUCCGCCUGCAGCGGCAGCCCGCGCUCGCGGAGGCCGCCGCGCGCCGGGCGCUGGAGAUCCGGGAGUCGGGGCCGUCCCUGGGAGCGCUGGCCGACGCGCUGGGGCAGCAAGGCCGCGCGGAGGAGGCGGUGGGCGUGGCGGAGGCCGCCUUGGAGCAGCUGGUGCACCAGCGCGACGCCAGGGGCACCCUCGUGGGCAAGGUGCUGAAGCUCUGUGAGGCGGCGGGCAGGCCCGACCUCCAGGCCCGCCUGCAGGAAGCGCAGCGGAGCGCGGACGACCAGCACGCUGAGCGGGCGUCGUCCUCCGGGCUGUGACCGCGCGCCCCGUCGCCCGACGGGGGGGCAGCGACAGGGGGAGGAAGAUCGGGUCCUCUGCACACGCUGGGCUCAGGGGGGCGGCUUCUGCGACCUUUGCCGGCGCCCGGAGCCGAGCUGGCGGUGCCAGGAAGUCUCUGGCGGCGCCAGCGCGCGGUACGACGCGCGUCCGAAAGAAGCGGGUCCGCUCGGCACGGCCUUCCCAGAGUCCCUCGAUUCUCAAGUGUUUGGCCGCCGCGAAUGUUUCUGUCUGUCCUGCCUGUAGCUUGCGCUCAUGCCACCGCCGCGGUCGCCGGGGGGUGCUUUGCACCGUGGUCGGCCUUCGCUUGAAGCGCUGACAGGGGUGCUGCCAGGUGUGAUCUGCAAUGGGCGGG